AGAGGGGUGGGGGGUGGGGGUGGGGGGCUGCUGGGGACGAGACCCCUCUCGUGGAAACACCGGUUAUUGUGUUGCAUGGAUUAUUGAGGAGGAACGACCCCCCACCCCCACCCCCAAGAGCAUCAAGACAAGGUCUGCUACUCUGGUAGGAUUUCCCGCGGGGACGAUGAACGAGGAGGCCCGCCGCCCGUCGGCGCCCCCCGGCGGCGGCCCGGGGCCCUGCAGCGAGGCGCGCGCGGCGGCGGACGAGCUCGGGGACGAGCCCGGGGACGAGCCCGGGGACGAGCAGCCGGGGCUCGCGCCCGCCCUGCCGAACGGCGUGCACGUGGAGCGCGGGCCCGGGGGGCGGGGCCGCGCGCCCGGCCGGGCGGCGCAGGCGCACGAGGAGCAGCGCGGCGAGGAGGCGCCCCCUGCGGACGGCGUCGGGAGCGCAGGCGAACCGCUCAGAGAGCCGGCAGGGGGCGCCGUCCCGGACGACCCCGCCGACCCCGCGGGCCCCGACGAAGAGCGGGAGUUGCAGUUUAAAGACAUCCGCGACGGCUUCAGCUCCACCUUCGAGAAGAUCGUGGAGUCGGACCUGAUGAAGGGCACCUACUACAGCAGCCUGGACUCCCUGGACGUGCUCAGCCUGACGGACGAGACGGACAGCUGCGUGAGCUUCGAGGCCCCGCUGACGCCGCUCAUCCAGCAGAGGGUCAAGGAGAGCCCCCCGCCCCCGGAGGGCCGGCCCCGGGAGGACGCGGGGGACGCGGGGGGCGCGGAGGCCGAGCAGCGGCCCGGGGGGGCCGCCCCGGCCGCGGACGGGGACCCCGGGAGCCCCCUCAGACACUCCAUCACCAGCAGCCGCUCGGAGAACGUGCUCACCCGCCUCUCCCUCAAGACCCUCCUCCCCAAUGGCUUCCACGCGGAGGACGAGGCGGCCGCCACCUCGCCCAUGAACUCCGUCAGUGAUGCCAGUCUGGAGGACACCCUGUUCAACUCCGACUCGGACCUGGGCAGCGCGGAGCAGCUGGACCAGGGGAGCACGGACACCUUAGCCAACGGCUGCCGGGUGGACGGGGAGGCCGCCCGGCGCCUGGCUCAGCGCCUCUACAACCUCGAGGGGUUCAAGCACUGUGAUGUAGCCCGCCAGCUCGGCAAGAAUAACGAGUUCAGCAAGUCUGUGGCAGAAGAAUACCUCAGUUUCUUCGACUUCUCCGGCCUCACCCUGGACAGAGCGCUUAGGACGUUCCUCAAGACCUUCCCCCUGAUGGGGGAGACUCAGGAGCGGGAGCGGGUGCUCACCCACUUCUCCAGAAGAUAUUGCCAGUGCAACCAGGGCGAGAGCCCAUCCGAAGACGGAAUUCACACCCUCACAUGUGCCCUGAUGCUCCUCAACACGGACCUGCACGGCCACAACAUCGGGAAGAAGAUGUCAUGCCAGCAGUUCAUCGCCAACCUGGACAGACUCAACAACGGGCAGGACUUCGCCAAGGACUUGCUGAAGACUCUCUACAACUCCAUCAAGAACGAGAAGUUGGAAUGGGCAAUCGACGAGGACGAGCUGAGGAAGUCGCUGUCGGAGCUGGUGGACGAUCAGUUCGGGGCUGGGGCCAAGAAAGUCACGCGCAUCGUGGACGGGGGGAACCCCUUUCUGAACGUCCCCCAGGCCCUCGGCGCCACCACCUACAAGCACGGCAUCCUCACCCGGAAGACCCACGCCGACAUGGACGGCAAGAGGACACCCAGGGGCAGGCGAGGCUGGAAGAAGUUUUAUGCUGUGCUCAAGGGGACUGUGCUCUAUCUACAGAAGGACGAGUACAAAGCCGACAAGGACCUGUCGGAAGCCGACCUGAAAAACGCCAUCCGCGUCCACCACGCGCUGGCCACCAGGGCCUCGGACUACAGCAAGAAGUCCAACGUGCUCAAGCUGAAGACGGCCGACUGGCGGGUCUUCCUCUUCCAAGCCCCGAGCAGGGAAGAGAUGCUGUCCUGGAUCCUGAGAAUCAACCUGGUGGCAGCCAUUUUCUCAGCCCCCGCCUUCCCCGCCGCCAUCUGCUCCAUGAAGAAGUUCUGUCGGCCUCUGCUGCCCUCCUCCACCACUCGGCUGUGCCAGGACGAACAGCUGCGGUCCCACGAGAACAAGAUGAGGCAGAUCACGGAAGAGCUGGCCGAGCACAGCUUGCACCCGGCCAAGAAGAGCACCAAAUCCAAGGAGGCGGAGGAGGCCCGACUGAAGGAGCACUAUCUCACUUUCGAGAAAAGCCGCUACGAGACGUACAUCCGGCUCCUGUGCGUCAAGAUGAGGGUCGGGAGCGACGACCUGGAGCGGAUCGAGGCGGGGCUGGGCAUGGCCGACGUGGACGACUCCUCGCUGCGCAAGACACACUCCAGCCCCGCCCUGAGCCAGGCCCACGGCCCCGCCGCGGGGGACCCGCCCAGAUCCUAGCGAGGCCCGCGGCCCGGCCCGACACCUCCGCCCUCGCCGGGAGCCCCCCGCCGUCGCCGGCUCGGCGUCCCCCCCGCCCCCCCAGCGCCCCUCAGAAAACACUCCUCACGUGCAUGCAAUAAGAACUGCUGGGGGGAAGGGGAGGUGGGGGGACACCCUGCCCCAAAUCCACUGGGCCCCUGGGCCGCCCACCCCUCUGAGACGAAGAGCAGCAGCAGGUCUGCGGAUCCCCCCCCGCCCCGCCAAAUCCCCUCCCCCAGCAGACAGGACGGGACCCCCGCCUCCAGCCGCUAAGGAGGGGCAAAAAACCUGGACCGAUAGCGGCCCCGUGGGGGCUAAGAGCCCCCUUACCCUGCUCUGCUUCUGUCCCUGAGAAGGGGGUGAUGAGAGCGCGAGGGUCCUGCCGAGGACACAGUGGGGUGGACACAGUGGGGGUGGACACAGCGGGGGACAGCUGGGGACCCUGGUGAGACCCUGCAGGCGGGCAACUCGGGCCAAAGCCCCCUCCCCGUUUUAUAACCAGACCCACUGUGGUUGCUGUGGCUACCACGUGCUUUUUCUGUUAAUGCUGUCGAAAUAAAUAGGAAGUGCAAUCAAA